GAAAACUAUAAAACAGUUUGCUUCGCAGAACACAGUCAGUAUUUGCGUUGAGCUAAUCUUUCAAAUUGAUUUUCGGAUAUUUUUAGCUUAUUAUCUACUCCAGAUUUCCAUCGGCCAUCAACAGAUAAUCUACAAAAAUUCUACUCUACUCAGUUUCAUUAAGGUAAGAAAAACUUAUCGUAGAAGAGAUUAUAAACAGUUGAUAUUCUCUUGUCGUAGAUGAAUGUAAAUAAAAUUGUUACAUCAAUUUUGUUUCUUUGCAAGUUUGCGCUGUAGUGACGAGUAAUCUCCAAUUUUUUUGCCGUAUAGCUUUAGUUUAAGAGAAGGAACCUCAGUCGAGUUUUUCUGUUUCAUCGUGGUUAGCUGCAUAAGCUAUUUUAAGAAAUUUGUGUGAAUCACGACCUGCGAACUUUUUCCUGUUUAUCACUGGCCACCGAUCAUUCGUAAGAAGGUCGGAUUUCAAUCGACACGCAAGUCACAACUACUGAUUGAAAGUUGUUUCGUCGUACAACUCCAACCACAGCUUUGUAGACUGGACUAACAACUUUUGCGAGUUUAAUUGUUGAACUGAAUUCGAUUUACAUAAAGAAGUUGAGAAAAAAUAUCUGCGUCGUGUUGCUUGUUUUUCACGACUCUGAACAAAGAGAAAUUUAUGCAAACUUGAAACGUGCCGUUGCUAUGAUGGUAACGUCAUUCCUUUGUAAGAUUGUACUUGCGGUUUGCGAUCGUUAAGGAAGUAAACUUGGCUGACUCGAUUUCUCACGCCAUCAUUACCUCGCAUCAAGACAUAAAGGCUCGAGUUCAGAGCCGCAAAGCCACGGAGCAAUCAGAAAAUGGUUGUAUUAGUUUUAGACCGAUAAAUUAAACGUCAAAAGGGUCCGUCUUUUGGUCGAGGAGACUUAUAUGUUUUAUUCCGGAUUAACUCGGUAAUCUUUGUAUUGAGUGCAUGUGAGAUAUUUCAGUUUCAUUGGUUUUUGGCAGCCGAGCUGUUCUUGUGAUCUUUAAGUGAUGAGAGCCACUAUGUUGAUUGAAAUGAAACAGGGUGACAUAUUUCUCGCAAGAAAACUCUAAAAUUGCCUUAUAUCACGGCUAACAUGGCGAAGCGUAAUUCACAGUUUACUGAUGAUGGCUCAUUUCGAUAAAGUUUGUGACGGAACUAUCUUCUACUCUCCACCAAUCUCGUUCCCAAGGCUCUCUCUUACUUGGACAACGAGUCAGAGAGAGAGUUGGGAACGAAGUUGAACCUUCAUAGACAUCAUCAUAAUUUCAUCGCACCAAAAUAACAAAAGUGACAUUUUGCAUCUACUUAGCACGAGAUGGAACCCAUCACUGUUACAAUUGCACUGCACUGGGAUACAAAUAUUGUGGACAAACCAAUCCCUGCUCCCUACACCACAAAGGUUUCUCAAGGUACGUUUCUUAUUGACAUCAUGAAGAAAGCUGCAAACGAAGAUGUUGAUGGGCCGUUCAAUAAAUACUCCACCACCUACUACGGUAAUGUGGGGGAUUUUGUCAUCGCCAUGGACGGAGUUGAACAGGUAUUGCAUUCUGAUGAUUUCUUUCUCUUUCUGCCUUUUUCUUAGGAGAGGAUAUCGAAGGGGGGGGGGGAGGAGGGAGAGGUGUUUUAAUUCAAUUUCACGCACGAAUUUUUAGAAAAAUUCACGCGUCACGUAUAAUUUAAACAGCAGUUCUUGCAUCACCAAAUGAAAACGUAAACUCUUCAUGUGUAAGGUUUCCAUAUCAACAGAAAUGCUUCUUCAUGCAACGCUCCAUCGCAAAUUUAUUUUCGCAAAUUUUUGCCGAAUCCAGAUACCAUCCAGAAGAAGUCUCCUAACAAAAAGUUUCCUUUAACUAACAUUUCUUUGAUUUUGACUGCUCAGGAUCCCGCCAAAAAUCUAUACUGGAUGAUAAGAGACAAACAGACUGGAAAUCUCACCCCAACGGGAAUAGACCAAUACCAGCCACAGGACGGGUCAACUACAGUCUUCAGCUAUGAAGAAACAGUCAUGAGUCACCACGAAAGACUGACUCGUGGUUAAGCGUCUGGACAAGGGUGGGGGGUCCUCUGGAUAAAUCAUAACCCAAAGUAGAUAAUGUGAACCACCUAUGAUUAGUUUUAAGAAAACUGUAAUAGUUUAUACAUUUUUUUACUUUGCUGCAUCUAGCGUUAGCUAAGUCAUGAUGUUAACUUCAGCUUUACUUGAUAAUUUAGACGUUUCACCAUUUUGAUUCGUUUCUCAAAGAUCGUAUUGCGAUGCUGUUGCGUUGAACUGAUUUUCAAAAUACUUUUUAGUUAUAUCGUAAAUUUAGGCAAAUCUACCAUAACGUUGACGUAUAGUGAUCUGGGAACUUUUUUAUUUGCUUAUGCAAAGUUUGGAAAAUAGCUAUUUGUCAUAUACUCCGUAGGUUUUGUAUUUUCUCAUUAGUUAAAUACUGGUUUCAAAGCCCCACUGAGUUCCGGUUGUGAUAUGUAUCAAUAAAGGGAGU